AUGCCUACCACCACCGCAGAAACCCUUUCCCUCGUCACCCGCAACGUCUCUGUCGCGCCCCUUGUUCUGCUCUCUGCCGUUGAUCACUACAACCGAACUGUCCAGAACAAGACAAAGCGACGGGUCGUUGGCGUGUUGCUGGGCCAGAACGAUGGAAAGAACGUCAGAGUGUCCAACAGCUUCGCCGUUCCUUUCGAGGAGGACGACCGGGACCCCUCGGUCUGGUUCCUGGACCACAACUACGUCGAGUCGAUGAACGACAUGUUCAAAAAGGUCAAUGCUAGGGAGAAGCUGAUAGGCUGGUAUCACUCGGGCCCCAAGCUUCGGGCUUCCGAUCUCGAAAUCAAUGACUUGUUCAAGCGCUAUACCCCCAAUCCCUUGUUGGUCAUCAUCGACGUUCAGCCCAAGGAAUCCGGCGUGCCCACGGAUGCCUACUUUGCCGUGGAGGAAAUCAAAGAUGAUGGCACCACCACCUCAAGAACCUUUGUUCACACCCCUUCCAUCAUCGAGGCCGAAGAAGCAGAAGAGAUUGGCGUCGAACACCUAUUACGCGACAUUCGAGACGUGGCUGUCGGCACCCUCUCCACGAGGGUCACCAAUCAGCUUCAGUCGCUUCAAGGGCUACAUUUGCGGCUGCGCGACAUUGGCGCCUACCUGCAAAAGGUUCUCGACGGGCAGUUGCCUGUCAAUCAUGCCAUUCUUGGCAAUCUGCAGGACGUGUUCAACCUGCUGCCGAAUCUCUCGACGCCCGAGAGCGACGGCAAGACUGGCGGCGGCGAGCUGGCGCAUGCCAUGAGCAUCAAGACAAACGACCAGCUCAUGGCCAUUUACCUCAGCAGUCUUAUCCGGGCCAUCACUGUAUUCCACGACUUGAUAGAGAACAAGAUCCAGAACCGACAGCAGCAAGAGGAAAAGGAGUCGAAAAAGGACGAGGCCAACAGCAAGGACGACAAGAAGGAUGCUGGCGUGAAUGGCGUGAAUGGAGGGACCAAGGAGGAUGCUGACAAGGAGAAGGAAGGCAAGGAGAAGAAGAAAUGA